AUGAACAAAGAAGAACCAAAGCCCGUUGAGGGAAGUCCUAUCCGGACUGAACUUGCUGCCUUUCGCGCCUCGUUCAAUUCGGUUUGCAAAGAUAGAGAUAUCUCCUGCAGCCCAGAUACCCUGAGUCAGCUUAGCAAUACAGACCUUCGGCGGCUUUCUCUCAAUCUCUUGGUUGCGCUGCAGAAUCUCCCAGCCGCCAGACUGGUACCUUCCAGGACGGGACGUGGGACUCUCGAAAGCGACCUCCUGAGACUCCUUUCUGCUGUCACAUCGGACAAUUUCGACUUUGCGCGUAUCAAAGAAUUGCUCAAGAAAGCCCUUACCGAUAAGCCUCAAGAUACACUGAUCUGGGAUCUUGUGUCUGGUGCUGCCGUCGAAUCCACCCCGCCUCCCCGACCAAUACCCUCGACGAUCCAUCAAACGCCGUUGAGUCAGAACACGAGCGGCCUCGUGAACUCGUCGGAAUUCCGCCAUAGUGUGGACCCGAUCCUGAAGUUGGAGCUCGAACAUCUCUAUGCUGGACUUCCCCAUUUCCACAAAGCCUUCUUUGGAGAUGUGCCAGACCUCAACAUGGUCUCCGAGGACGUCUUCCGGAAGUGCUCCGAAGGCGACACUCCACUCUUCAGGGAGGGGUGGAGUGGAUGGCCGGCAGCCGCAAAAGAGAGCGACGUGCUGACUUGGUUUGGCGACUUAAUCCCGAAGCUGGAGGCAUUCGCAGGCGACCGCAUUUCGACUCCGGCGACUCGGCGAAAGCUGCUGGCGCAGCCGAGAACACCAUUGGAAUCGAGAUAUCGUUGGUCGCACAUCCUCGUUGCUGGCGAACUGAAAAGUAAUCCGAAGGCCGACACCGCAUCAGUUGCGUGGAUUGAUCUCGCAAGGUAUGCAAGAGAGGUAUUCGCUGCUCAAGACACCCGCCGCUUCGUCUUGGGUUUUACUCUCUGCGGAUCUCGUAUGAGGGUAUGGGAGUUCGACCGGCUCGGGGGGAUCGCCUCCGAACAAUUUGACAUCAACAAGGAGGAAGGCGGGGUACAGUUUGUGGCCACAACCCUGGGGUUUCUGCGCAUGAACGAGGAAAUGCUCGGGUUUGACCCUACCGUUAUGACAUCCGGCGACCAGCAAUAUAUCGAGAUCGAGCGAAACGACAAAACAGAGCGUCUCCUCAUUGAUAAGGUCAUGAAACGAGCACGUUGCAUUGCUGGUCGGGCGACAAUAUGUUGGAGAGCACAUAGCAAGGAGGAUCCGCAGACGCCGCUUGUUAUCAAGGACUCGUGGCAAUACACAGAUCGGGACGAAGAAGGGCAACUCCUCCGAGAGGCGACUGACAAAGGGCGAAGUAGCGGCGCCGGCGUGAAACGACCAUCCAGCGAGAUGGACGCCGCUCUGCCGCCGUGCAAACGAUCUGGUUCAACAUCUCCGGUGAAGGCAAGCAUCGAAGCCCUGCCAAACCGUAUACAUCGGCGGGUCAUUCUUCGCGACUAUGGAAAGCCGAUAUAUAAUGCAAGCUCACCCGUGGCGCUGCUUGCUACGCUAGAGGGUUGCAUAGAGGGUCACCAAUCCUUGUACAAAGCGGGCUUUCUCCACAGAGACAUCUCCAUCAACAACCUCAUGAUCAAUGAGGACGAUGAAAACCCCUCCCAGCGAGCUUUCCUGAUCGACCUUGACCUCGCCAUUAAAGCCCAACGAGAAGGUGCCUCGGGAGCAAAAGGGAAGACGGGUACAAGGGCAUUCAUGGCCAUCGGGGCACUGCUAGGCAACGAGCAGCACUCCUUCAUGCACGACCUUGAGUCAUUCUUCUGGGUGCUGUUCUGGAUAUGCAUCCACUACAACGGCCCGGACGACGGCAAGACAGUUCCCCGAUUUGAGAAAUGGAAUUAUGUGGAUACGGAAGAGUUAGCAGAGUUGAAAAAGGGCCAAGUUUCCCACGAGCGAGACUUCAUUAAUACUUCAAGAGAAUACUUCACCACAUACUACCAGCCUUUGGUACCUUGGGUCAACAUAUUGCGAAAGGCGGUAUUCCCUAACGGCGGGAGAUGGGAGAAGGAAGACGAUCAGUUAUAUCUACGAAUGAAGGAGAUUAUUCGGGAAGCUCAGAAGGAUGCAAAACUGGCAAGCGUGUAG